AUGGCGAAUCGGUUGAUGGCGAUUCAUGGAGCGGCGUCUCAUGCAACACAACCGGGGGCACUUGAAGAAAUUUCAUUACCUUCCAACAAGCUUUUUGGUCCCAUCAGUGACAGGAUUGCCAAUCUUACCAGCCUCACAAUCCUAGAGAUAUACUUUAAUCAGCUGACCGGCGUGCUCCCUCACCAUAUUGGGAAGCUCUCCAAAUUGAAACUCAUGCACCUUCAUUUCAACAAUCUACAAGGUUCUCUGCCCCCAUCUUUGAUGAAUUGCACAAACCUUGUAGAACUAUAUCUGGGAUUCAACCGUUUGGAAGGAAAUAUCACAAUGCUAAAUUUCUCCAAACUUAGUCAACUUACUAAGCUUGAUCUAGGGAGUAAUUACUUCUCUGGUUUCAUGCCAGUAAGCCUUUACUCAUGCAAGUCCCUGAAAGCAAUUCGACUGAACGGAAAUGAUCUAGAGGGACAAAUACAACCUGAGAUUGUCUCUUUAAAAUCCCUGUCCUUCCUCUCCCUUGGCUGGAACAGACUGACCAAUGUCACAGGGGCCAUAUAUAUAUUGAUGGGUUGCAAAAAUCUCAGGCUACUCUUCCUUCCACGUAGUUUUCUAGGCGAAGAACUACCUGAUGGUGAGGCUAUGGUUGGUUUGGGGUUUCAAAAUCUCCGUCUUCUUGGUUUAUCAGACUGCCAACUUACAGGUCAUAUACCUGUAUGGAUGUCAAAGCUCAAGAAACUGGAAGCCCUGGACCUGUCUACUAAUAGACUCACAGGCUUAAUACCUGGAUGGUUGGGGACUCUUCCUAAUCUUUUCUUUAUAAGCUUGAACAAUAACUCCCUUUCAGAUGAACUUCCAAAGGAGCUUUUCAGACUACAAGCACUGGAAUCAGAAAAACAUGCGACUCCAACAGACCAUGGUGAUGUUGAACUGCCUAUCUAUGCACAACGCACGAAUCACUCCAUUACUGCUUUGCAGUACAACUAUCUGUCCAACUUGCCAAGAGCAAUUUACAUCCGAAACAACAGUCUAAGUGGCAACAUACCGGUUGAGAUUGGCCAAUUGCAACACCUUCACGAGUUGGAUCUUAGCGUCAACAACUUCUUUGGCAGCAUUCCAGGCCAGAUAUCUUACCUCACAAACUUGGAGAGAUUAGACCUCUCAAGAAACCAUCUGUCGGGCGCAAUCCCAUCUUCACUGUCAAAUCUUCAUUUCUUGGCUUCAUUUAGUGUUGCAUAUAAUAAUCUGCAUGGACAAGUACCGUCAGGCACUCAGCUCCAAGGCUUCAAUGCCACUGCCUUUGAGGGUAACCCAGGACUUUGUGGUGCCCCGCUUCUGAAUGAGUGCCAACAGAUGAACACAAAUAAUAAUAAAACUACGAACUUGGAAGAUGUACAUGACAAUGCGAAUGGAAUUCCAUGGCUUCAUAUUUCAGUGGCUCUUGGUUUCAUUAUAGGAUUUUGGGGAGUUUGUGGCCCUUUAGCUUUGAGCAGGUCAUGGCGAUAUGCAUAUUUCGAAUUUCUGUCCAAUGUUAAAGAUCGCUUUCUGGGGUACAGGAGAUUCCCUAAUACGCCCCCGCAAGACGGUGGCACCAUCGGAGACACCGAUCUUGGAACGAAGGAGAUGGAAACGGGGACGCGGCAAGGGUUUGGUGAGAGCGUCAGCAAGCUGAUCAGUAGUAGAGACAUGAGACACUUGAAGAAGACCACGAGUGACACGAUCCCGUACAAACUGAAAAUCAAUUUCGAUAUGUUUCAUACGGGAAUGUAG